GAAUGAAUACCUCCAAGGCUUCUCUGUGUGGUGGUGAUGGAAACAGGCGCUGCGACUCCCGAAGCGGAGCCUGUCCCAGCCUUUUGGCACUGCCACCUGUGUGCGAGGUGGAAAAUAAGUGACAACUGCUGUUGCUGGAAAUCUAGAAGAUCACAAUACUUCUUUUUUUUUUUUCCCUUUCUCCUGCAAAAUUUCCUUGGACUUCUCUGCCAAAGACCUGAGCUUCCAAAAACUCCUGAGUGAGAAAUUCACAACAGAUCCCUUUGUAAAUGGACAAUGGGUUUCAGCUGAAAGCAAGAGGCUGAACCAUGUUACUGAAGGGAAAACAAUGGGAGCUAAAGGGUGCAGAAUUCAUGCUAAGAUUUUGAAAAGAACCUUAAAAGAUGUAAGAGCCAUAAUUGAAAUAUUUCACUGCACAGACUCUCAGACUCAGAUAUUCCAGCACAACGAGGUGAGUAAUUCCCAACUGGCAUCACAGGACUCAGUGGGACUGGAGUCUGAGGACAGCUGUCAUCUCGAACACUCGUGUUCUCUGCCACCAGAUCCAUGCUAGCAUUUUUCCACCAGUGGAAAAGCAGUCCUCGAAAGUAGGCCUUGAGAAUCUGGGGGGAAGCAUCUCUAGAGUCAGAGCUGGAGCAUUUGUGGUUGCAAGGGGCACCUGGGGGAAGGAUUUGGCAGCAAGCAAUUGAUUACCUGGAAAUCUCUUGCCACUUCUCCAUUUGCAUGGAGGCUCAGUGCCAGAUGGUAGAAUUAAGUGUCUGCUCUCCCCUUGGACUGUCUUUCUUGCAGCUUGGCUUCCAGACAAGUUAAACUGUUCUCCUUUUUGCGACACAUUAGCUAUUUCAAGAUUGAAAACUUUAAUGGCUUUCACUUCAUGAACACUGAUGUAGAAGCCAAUCCAACCACCAACGUGUCUUUGGAGAAUCUGUGGCUCUGUAACGUCUCCAAGUUAAUCACAGGAAGCGUCAGUGCUUUCGUGAGAUGGAGCGGGACACGGGCUCUGGUGCUGUGCAGACAUUCAUGUGCGAGGCUGUGUUGUCCUGAAGUGCAAGAGCCAGGCAGGGCCCAGGGUCCCACUGCAAAAAUGAAGUGCUUGGAGCUGUGAGGCAGAUGUGGCUACAGGGCAUGGAGGAGCUGGGUGUCAGCACCUUCAGCAUCCUCCCUUCCUGGUGCUUUGGCUUCCUGGGCAAGUUUGGAGAAAGCACUGGAGGUCACCUCGAAGAAAGCCAUAGGGAAGAAAGCUAGAGGCAUCAGCAACGGUUGUGCCCUGUCCCUCCAGAUCUGCUUUCAAGCCAGGGCUCUCACACAUGUCCCCAGCCUGAGCCACAACACAGCUGUGUCACAGCCAUACCCGCCCUGGCUGCGGACCCCUGUGAGCCAAACCCCAACCUGAAGACAGACUUCAUGACUUGACCUCAGGCCUGCCUCAGCACCCUGGGCUUGCCUGACAGCCUGGACUCUGGGCUGACCCCAGCCACCAGCCGCCUGCUUGCCGUGCCUGGGCUGACACUGACGGGUGGUCACAUUGUCCCGCCGAGUGUGCCACUGCCCCUCGGUAACUGGACGGGGAUGAUUUCCUGGCUGCACAGUGCUCGGAGUCAGAGCUGAGCUCCUCGCCUGCAUGUUGCCCCACCUACUGCUGGGAAGUCCCUUAAAAAAAAAAAGUUGCUUUCACUUUCUGUUCCAGCUUUCUGUUUAGUCCUCUGCAUCCCACAUCCAUGGACGUGGAAAUCUAUCACUUCAAGAAAUGGACAAAUUAUGUAUUUUGGUACCAGAAUCGCUGUUUUGAAAUCAAGGGCCUGUGGCUUCACUAUUACUGGGACACGGAUGACAUUGGCAACGUCAUACGUGGCAGCAUGAAUCUCAAGAACACCACAGCAUGGAGGAUCAAUGAGAAAAAUCUGCAUUUGUCUAGCCAUAAUUUAAUAUACUACCUCAAGUCAGGCAGUGAGAAGGACAUGGAUAUCUUUGUCAGGAGGCUUAAGGAAUUAAAUGUCAUCAUCACUGACAGCUAGUGGAGAAGCAUCUUGUGCCUAACAAUGUGUUAAUUUUUUUUUCAUUGUGAAAAAAUAUUUUCAUUAGAAAGGCUAUAUGUAUAUCCAUUGCCAAUGACUCCUCCAACUGUGGAAAUAUUAAAGUAUUUUAAAUUGCCUGUUGUUGCACAGUUAAAAGAAAAUAUUACCCAUCUUGUGCUGCUUGUUUGCAAGAUAGCAAUGAAACAUCACAACGUGUGUUGGAACAUUUAGGAUCUGAACUACAAGAAAAUGUCUUCAGCUUUGAAAAUGUAAUAUUAUUUGCAGCUGAUGAUGCCAACAUUGCCUUUGGAGAAACUCUGUGUAGGUGUUAUUGGAAAGCAGGCCUGAACUCACAUUGCGUAGGCAAUGCAAAAUACAGAAAGGUUAC